AUGUUAAGGAUUAUGAUUGAUUUAAACCAAACAUAUUGUAUAGCUGUAUCAAUAGAAAACACGAAUAAGGUAACUUGGCUUGUGAGGCUAUGCACCGAGAAAUUAUCAGCAUUAUGCGAUGAUACAGAUAUAACAUCUCCCCAGGAACAAACAUCUACAAUAGCGGCGACAACUCCCUAUGAAACACUAUCUACAACAACGGAUAACAUUUCUACUGGGUCUGAGAAAAAAGAAAACAGAACCAAUGAAAUUCUACUGAUUGCAUUGAUUAUAACAGCCGUACUAGCUUUAUCAGUGAUUAUUGCAGUUAUCAUUUUCUACAAAAGACGGACCUCAUUGAGAUCUAGACAUCUCCCAUUGGUUGUUCCAAUAAAUGAAGUGACAUACGCUCAGGUCAACAAGCCAACAAAAGAGAAAGCACCUGAUCAUGCUGGCGAACCGACUAGAAACAACCCAGCUGACGACACCUAUGAUCACAUGGAACAUCAUCGACUAAGUCAGAAUCAGAUUCCAACUGAGAGCAAUUAUGAUACCAUGCAAUCUGUUGGAAUUGAAAAAUUGGAGAAUGACUAUGACGUCACAAGUGGAACAGACAGACCAAGACAAAUUGUCGUUGAUGAUACUGCAGAAUAUAGUCAUGUACAGGUAGAACAUCAUGAAAUAAAAGAUGUGUCGACAUAAGGAAAACAAUUGUAAUACACGAGUACUCAA